AUGGGAUGUGGUAGUAGCAAAAAAAUAUCAAAAGAUCAUAAAUUGCAAGAAAACAAAUAAUAGCUUUAUGCGCAGAGUAGCAACGAAAACGAGAAAACUUAGAAAAGUACACCUGGAAACAAUUAGGAUGACGUGCAAUAAAAAGUUAAUCUUUAAAAUACACAUGAAGCUAACAAUAAGGACAAAGACGCAACACAAAAUAAAUAAAAUUUGAAAAACAAAACAUAAACGAAUUAAAAUGCUACAUAAAACAAUGCUAAUCUAGAACUUGAUGAAUCUGAAAAGAAUUACUAUUAAGACAUUCAAAAAUAAUCAUAAUACUCCAUAAAUUAAAAAAUUAUUAGCCUUUUAAAGUAAAAUAACAUUAAGGAGAAUGAUAUAAAGAAAGCUUAAAAGGAAUCACUUGUUUUAUAUAAAGAAAUGGAUACUUAUCAAGAUAAAAUAAAGGAAGAAGAAGUAGAUAUGUAAAAAUUAGAAGAAAAAUGCAAGAAUUAUGACAAUUAGCAGACAUUUUUCGAUAUUAAAGUUUUUAUGAUUCUCUUUGAUAUUGAAUAUUUGUAAAAGUUAGUUUAGUACAUUGAGAAUUUGUAUAAAGAAUAUAUAUAAUUCUUCAAGGUUAAUAAUGUCUACAAAAAUAUUUUGGAACAUAUUGAAAAUCAAACUAAAUAGCUUGGUGUUAAAGAUUUGAGUCAAUGCGAUAGUAAAGAAAAAGAAAAACUAUUUGAUGAAUUUAAGAAAAAGCUAGCUGGGGAGAUUUAAAAAUUCUCAGAUAAAACAGGGAAAAAAAUGAUAUCAGAUAAGGCUUUGAUUCAUCAAAUUCUAAAAGCUAGACUUUAAGAUUCUGACGAUAUUGAUUUAAGAUAGUUAGUUUAAAUGAUUAAUAAAGAGGCUUAAGGAUAGUAAGAAACUAUCACUUAUAUUUCAUAACUAUUAAAAGAAUAAUCUUUUUCUGAAAGCUAGAUAAUUUUAUAAAAAGAAAAUUAUUACAAUUUUGAAAGAAAUUAAAAGGCAGAUGUUGUAUCAUACUAAUAAUAUAGUUCCAAAUCCUAAUUUUAGAAUCAAAAAUAGCAAUAAAGCAAUAUUUUACCUUCAAGUAGUACUCUCAUUAAUUAAUUUGGCUUAACAUAUACAUACCAAGACACUUAAGAUUAAAAAGCCUAUCCUUCUAGCAGUCAUGUAGCUCAAACUAUGAGAAAUAUGAACUAUGAAUUUUAAUCAUCAAGCAAAUUUUAGGAUAAAUAAUAGUUUUCAAGUAGUUAAAUAGGAUUUUAAUAAUAAGGAAAUUACAAGAUAGGAUCAAUGUUAAAUACAAAAUACAAUUCAAGUUAAAAUAAACUUCCUAACUAAGAAGAUAAUGAAGAUACAAAUGAAUAAGAUAUUAAUUAGUCAAUUGAUAAUACAUACUUUGGAGAAAAAAUAGUUAGCAAAAUGGUGCCAAACACCUAGCUCUUCACAUAAAAUAAUAUAAUUAGGAAUUAAAUUUAAUAAAAUAAUAAUCAAAGUGAUCAAAAAGAUUCAAAUUAAAACUUAACAGCUUGCUAGUUGAUUUUAUAAUACAACUUAGAUGUAGAUAUCCAGUAAAAAGUUUAAACCUUUUAAAAUAAACCUAAAAACUCCACUCAUUAAUUAUAAAGUCGUUAAGAUAUUUUAAAUUAUUUAGGAAAUGCAUUAGAAUAAAAUUGA